GACAGUCGAAACCCAGAGUUUAUUCGAAUUUUGUGACUUGAAUAAUUUUGAAAAAAAUAUUGAGUGACUUGCUGAGGGGCUGAGGAUGAAUCCUGCGGAUAAAAAGUGCACAAUUUUGGUGUUACCACCCACUCCGCCGACUCCUCAGAGUCCCAUGCAUCCGCAUAAUGUUGAAAUCGAACGGUUUUGGAAUUAUUCGAAUUGUGGGCAGUUCAGUCAUGAAGAAAGUUCAGUUGUCAAUAAGAAUCAACAAUUAAGUUCAAACAUCAGAUGGCAAUACCAAUCUUCCGAAAGUUCACACCUCAGCUACCAAGAACUUGCAGCGGAUCAAGAUCCCAGGUACUAUUCAACCCUCUGUCAAUACCCAACAAGUGUCAUAUGCGGUGUGCACAACUGGGAGGUCCCGUACCAAGAGGCCACAACACCAUUGCCAUCGGAAAACGGUACACAGAUUCCCAUGGAUUACGAUCAGUCCGAACAUUCCACGGAUAACCAGGAUGACCAUACCAUCAUUCUGUCCAAGCACACCCAAUAUGAUGUGAAGACGAAUUCCAAGAAGAAUCACGACGCUAAGCCGAGGAAGGAGAGGACAGCCUUCACGAAACAACAGGUUCGUCACUUGGAGUAUGAGUUUGGACAUAGUAAUUAUUUAACAAGAUUACGGAGAUAUGAAAUUGCGGUGGCCCUUGACCUAACCGAGAGACAGGUGAAAGUCUGGUUCCAAAACCGCAGAAUGAAGUGGAAACGAACGAAGAACGUCACAGAAAGCAAAAAAUCCCUGGAGAUGUCCCCAAUCAUGGAAUCGAACUCAGACAGUUCCGGGGAAAUUUGCUAGCAUAAAAAUACUCAUAAGCACUGAAGGAUGGAAGACAGGAUACAAAUUGUAGUCUAAAAUGCCAAAUAAUAUAAUA